AUGAAACCAGAGCACAAGGGCCGCUUCGACGUCGUGGCUGUGAGACUCUUGCAUUCAGUAUUGGGGCAGGAAGAUUGGGAUAUCGUCAUGAGCAAUAUCAUCGCCCUUUUGCGCCCCGGGGGCUGGAUCCAAUGGGCCGACUUUGAUCCCCUGACGCCCGGCAUCGCCGCUAUCAAGUUUGAAUCACAGGACGCUGCAGUAAUACGCAGUGUUCUUGUCCGCUACGUCGACAACAUGAAAACGAAGGCAAUCGGCGACAUGCACCGCAUCCCGAGCACAUUCGCUUCUCGUGGCCUCGAGAGCGUCGAGACAGACUUCUACUCUCAGACCGAAGAGCUUGAGUUCACGAAAGUCGUCGUAGCUGGGUUCAUUGAGAGCUUGCAGGAGGCUGAUGAGAUGAGUGAGAUGGAUGCACGAGAUAUGCGAGUGAAGGUCAACCAUGAGAUUGAAGGCUGCAGGCCUGUGUUGAAAUACGAUUUGUGGUGUCACCUAGCGCAGAAGCCUUUGUAG